AUGAAACCGACGCCCCUGCUGCAGCUGGCGCUGCUUCUUGUCCUGCCCAGGAGCCUGAGGGGGAAAGGGUGUCCUUCUCCGCCCUGCAAAUGCCACCAGGAGGACGACUUCAGAGUCACCUGCAAGGAUAUCCACCGCAUCCCCAGCUUACCGCCCAGUACGCAGACCCUGAAGUUUAUAGAGACUCAUCUGAAAACCAUUCCCAGUCAUGCAUUUUCAAAUCUGCCCAAUAUUUCCAGGAUCUACUUGUCAAUAGAUGCAACUCUGCAGCGGCUGGAAUCACAUUCCUUCUACAAUUUGAGUAAAAUGACUCACAUAGAGAUUCGGAAUACCAGAAGCUUAACUUACAUAGACCAAGGCGCCCUGAAAGAGCUCCCCCUUCUAAAGUUCCUUGGCAUUUUCAACACUGGACUUAGAGUAUUCCCAGACCUGACCAAAGUUUAUUCCACUGAUGUAUUCUUCAUACUUGAAAUUACAGACAACCCCUACAUGACUUCGAUCCCUGCGAAUGCUUUUCAGGGCCUGUGCAAUGAAACCUUGACACUGAAACUAUACAACAAUGGCUUUACUUCAGUCCAAGGACAUGCUUUCAAUGGGACAAAGCUGGAUGCUGUUUACCUGAACAAGAAUAAAUACCUGACAGCUAUUGAUAAAGAUACAUUUGGAGGAGUUUACAGUGGACCAACCUUGCUGGAUGUCUCUCAUACCAGUGUUACUGCCCUGCCAUCCAAAGGCCUGGAACACCUGAAGGAACUGAUAGCAAGAAACACUUGGACUCUAAAGAAACUUCCACUUUCCUUGAGUUUCCUUCAUCUCACACGGGCUGACCUUUCUUAUCCGAGCCACUGCUGUGCUUUUAAGAAUCAGAAGAAAAUCAGAGGAAUCCUUGAGUCUUUAAUGUGUAAUGAGAGCAGUAUUCGGAGCCUGCGUCAGAGAAAAUCUGUGAAAGCUGUAAAUGGUCCCUUUGAACAAGAAUAUGAAGAGGAUCUGGGUGACGGCAGCGCUGGGUACAAGGAAAACUCCAAGUUCCAGGAUACCCACAGCAACUCUCAUUAUUACGUCUUCUUAGAAGAACAAGAGGAUGAGAUCAUUGGUUUUGGCCAAGAGCUCAAAAACCCCCAGGAAGAGACCCUACAGGCCUUUGACAGCCAUUAUGACUACACCGUGUGUGGGGGCAGUGAAGACAUGGUGUGUACCCCCAGGUCGGAUGAGUUCAACCCCUGUGAAGACAUAAUGGGCUACAAAUUCCUGAGAAUCGUGGUGUGGUUUGUUAGUCUGCUGGCUCUCCUGGGCAAUGUUUUUGUCCUGGUCAUCCUCCUCACGAGCCACUACAAACUGACUGUCCCACGCUUUCUCAUGUGCAACUUGGCCUUCGCAGAUUUCUGCAUGGGGAUGUACCUGCUCCUCAUAGCCUCCGUAGACCUCUACACGCAGUCUGAGUACUACAACCAUGCCAUCGACUGGCAGACAGGCCCUGGGUGCAACACAGCUGGUUUCUUCACCGUCUUUGCCAGCGAAUUGUCAGUGUACACACUGACAGUCAUCACCCUGGAGCGCUGGUACGCCAUCACCUUCGCAAUGCGCCUGGACCGCAAGAUCCGCCUCAGGCACGCCUACGCCAUCAUGGUUGGGGGCUGGGUUUGCUGCUUCUUGCUCGCCCUGCUCCCUUUGGUGGGAAUAAGCAGCUAUGCUAAGGUCAGUAUCUGCCUGCCCAUGGACACCGAGACUCCUCUUGCCCUGGCAUAUAUUAUCCUUGUUCUGUUGCUCAACAUAGUUGCCUUUAUCAUCGUCUGCUCCUGUUACGUGAAGAUCUACAUCACAGUCCGGAAUCCCCAGUACAACCCGGGGGACAAAGACACCAAAAUUGCCAAAAGGAUGGCUGUGUUGAUCUUCACUGACUUCAUGUGCAUGGCCCCAAUCUCAUUCUAUGCUCUGUCAGCACUUAUGAACAAGCCUCUCAUCACCGUUACCAACUCCAAAAUCUUGCUGGUUCUCUUCUACCCACUUAACUCCUGUGCCAAUCCAUUCCUCUAUGCCAUUUUCACCAAAGCCUUCCAGAGGGAUGUGUUUAUCCUGCUCAGCAAGUUCGGUAUCUGUAAACGUCAGGCUCAGGCAUACCGGGGUCAGAGAAUUUCUGCAAAGAACAGCACCGGUUUUCAGGUCCAAAAGGUUACCCAAGACAUGAGGCAAAGUCUCCCCAACAUGCAGGACAACUAUGAACUGCUUGAAAACUCCCAUCUAACCCCAAAUAAGCAGGACCAAAUCUCAAAAGAGUAUAAGCAAACAGUUUUGUAA